AUGGCCGAGCGGGGCCGCUUGGGCCUGGCCGGCGCGCCCGCCGCGCUCAACACGCCGGUGCCCAUGAACCUGUUCGCCACCUGGGAGGUGGAUGGCUCCAGCCCUAGCUGCGUGCCCAGGUUGUGCAGCCUGACCUUGAAGAAGCUGGUGGUCUUCAAGGAGCUAGAGAAGGAGCUCAUCUCCGUGGUGAUCGCGGUCAAGAUGCAGGGCUCCAAGCGGAUCCUGCGCUCCCACGAGAUCGUGCUGCCCCCUAGCGGACACGUGGAGACCGACCUGGCGCUGACCUUCUCCCUGCAGUACCCCCACUUCUUGAAAAGAGAAGGCAACAAGCUUCAGAUCAUGCUGCAGCGAAGAAAGAGGUACAAGAACCGAACCAUCCUGGGCUACAAGACGCUGGCCGCUGGCUCCAUCAACAUGGCCGAGGUGUUGCAGCAGCCGGCGGAGGGCGGACAGGUGCUGAGCCUCUGCAGCGACAUCAAGGAGGCCACGGUCAAGGUGGCCGAGAUCUGGAUCUUCUCGCUGUCCAGCCAGCCCAUUGACCAUGAGGACAGUGCCAUGCAGGCCGGCCCCAAGGCCAAGUCCACCGAGAACUACUCGGAGGAGGAGUACGAGAGCUUCUCCUCGGAGCAGGAGGCCAGUGACGAUGCCGUGCAGGGGCAGGAUUUGGACGAGGAUGACUUUGAUGUGGGGAAGCCCAAGAAGCAGCGGCGAUCGAUAGUAAGAACGCCGUCCAUGACCAGGCAGCAAAACUUCAAGCAGAAAGUGGUGGCCCUGCUGCGGAGGUUUAAAGUCUCCGACGAGGUCCUGGACUCGGAGCAGGACCCCGCAGAGCAUGUCCCCGAGGUCGAGGAAGACCUGGACCUCCUGUACGACACGCUGGACGUGGAGAACCCCAGCGACAGCGGCCCUGACAUGGAGGACGACGACAGUGUCCUCAGCACCCCCAAGCCGAAGCUCAGGCCGUACUUCGAAGGCCUGUCCCACUCUAGCUCGCAGACAGAGAUCGGGAGCAUCCACAGCGCCCGCAGCCAGAGGGAGCCUCCCAGCCCGGCUGACGUGCCCGAGAAGACGCGGGUCCUCGGAGGCAAGCAGCCCAGUGACAGCGUGUCCGAUUCGGUGGCCCAUAGCACACCCGCCCCCGGGGAGCAGCCAGCACCGCCUGAGGAAAGCCCCGAGGUGGAGACCUCUGCCCUGGACCUGUUUACUGAGAAGCUACCACCUAGCGGGCGGAUCACCAAGACUGAGUCCCUGGUCAUCCCCUCCACCAGGUCCGAGGGGAAGCAGGCGGGCCGCCGGGGCCGGAGCACGUCCCUGAAGGAGCGGCAGCCGGCGCGCCCGCAGAAUGAGCGGGCCAACAGCUUGGACAACGAGCGCUGCCCCGACACGCGGAGCCAGCUGCAGAUCCCCAGGAAGACUGUGUACGACCAGUUAAACCACAUCCUCAUCUCCGACGACCAGCUCCCGGAAAACAUCAUUCUCGUGAACACCUCGGACUGGCAGGGACAGUUCCUCUCAGACGUGCUGCAGCGGCACACGCUCCCCGUGGUCUGCACCUGCUCCGCGGCCGACGUCCAGGCGGCCUUCAGCACCAUCGUGUCUAGGAUUCAGAGAUACUGCAACUGCAAUUCGCAGCCGCCGACGCCCGUGAAGAUCGCGGUGGCGGGCGCGCAGCACUACCUCAGUGCCGUGCUGCGGCUCUUCGUGGAGCAGCUGUCGCACAAGACCCCCGACUGGCUGGGCUACAUGCGCUUCCUCGUGAUCCCGCUGGGCUCCCACCCCGUGGCCCGGUACCUGGGCUCCGUGGACUACAGGUACAACAACUUCUUCCAGGACCUGGCUUGGAGGGACCUGUUCAACAAGCUGGAGGCGCAGAGCGCUGUGCAGGACACGCCGGACAUCGUGUCGAGAAUCACCCAGUACAUUUCGGGGGCCAACUGCGCCCACCAGCUGCCCAUCGCAGAGGCCAUGCUGACCUACAAGCAGAAGAGCCCCGACGAGGAGUCCUCCCAGAAGUUCAUUCCCUUCGUUGGGGUGGUGAAGGUGGGGAUAGUGGAGCCAUCUUCGGCCACGUCAGGUGAUUCAGAUGACGCGGCCCCCUCGGGCUCCAGCGUGCUCUCGUCCACCCCACCGUCCACGUCUCCAGCGGCCAAGGAGGCCUCGCCUACCCCGCCCUCCUCCCCCUCAGUGAGCGGAGGCCUGUCCUCCCCCAGCCAGGGCGUUGGCGCCGAGCUCAUGGGGCUGCAGGUGGAUUACUGGACGGCAGCUCAGCCCGCAGACAGGAAGAGAGACGCGGAGAAGAAGGACUCGCCCACCACCAAAAACACACUCAAGUGCACCUUCCGGUCUCUCCAGGUCAGCAGGCUGCCCAGCAGCGGCGAGGCCGCGGCCACGCCCACCAUGUCCAUGACCGUGGUCACCAAGGAGAAGAACAAGAAGGUGAUGUUUCUGCCCAAGAAAACCAAGGAUAAGGACGUGGAGUCCAAAAGCCAGUGCAUCGAGGGCAUCAGCCGCCUGAUCUGCACGGCCAAGCACCAGCAGAACAUGCUGCGGGUCCUCAUCGACGGCGUGGAGUGGAACGACGUCAAGUUCUUCCAGCUGGCGGCCCAGUGGUCCUCCCACGUCAAGCACUUCCCUAUCUGCAUCUUCGGACACUCCAAGUCCACCUUCUAG